CAAUUUGCAUUUUUCUAGUUAGAUUUGCAAAACGGAACGCAGCAACUGGAUAUUUUUUUCGUCGUGAAAUCUUUUAUACUUAGAAGUUUAUCAGAAAGCAUAUCAGCUUAGACAUGCAGUUAAACGUGGCGAAAUAUUUUUCACAGUUAUUUCUGUCGAAUUGUUGGACCUAUGUUUCUAUUAAAGUGAGAUUGACUAAAGUUUAGAUGGCAACACUGUAAAUUGGAUGCAGUAGGGAAGUUUCGUGUGAUUUUAGAAUAGGAAAGGAAUGUAAACGUAAAAUGAAUUUUCGUGAAGAAUAUUCUUUUUAAAUUAUUCCGAUGGCUAAAAAGUACGAGAAAGAGAAAUUAAUCGGAAUUGGAACGUUCGGGCAAGUUUGGUUGGUUAAAAGAAAAAAUACGGAUAAAAAAUACGUUAUGAAAGAGCUGAAAUUGAUUUCCAUGUCGCCUCAUGAUAAACAGCAAGCGUUGAACGAAAUAGAAAUUUUAUCCAAAUGUAAACACGUCAAUAUUAUUAGAUACAAGGAAGCCGUAAUCAAUCAGGAAUUUGGUCUUCUGGGGAUUGUCAUGGAAUAUGCCGAAGGAGGGGAUUUAUUUACAAGAAUUCAGAAGCAAAAAGGUUAUAAUUUUUCUGAAGAGACCAUUUGCCUAUGGUUUGUUCAGAUUUGUUUGGCUCUUCAGUAUAUCCAUGAUCACAACAUUCUACAUAGAGAUUUGAAGACCCAAAAUAUUCUUCUUACGGCAAAAGGUAGAAUUAAAGUCGGCGAUUUUGGAAUUGCUCGAAUUUUGGAGAAAAGAGCAGACAUGGCCACUACUGCCAUUGGAACUCCUUAUUAUCUCUCUCCAGAAAUUUGCCAGAUGAAACCAUAUAAUUAUAAGACUGAUAUUUGGUCUCUAGGUUGUGUUUUAUAUGAAUUAUGUUGUUUAGAACAUCCUUUUCAGGGUUAUAACUUCCAUCAAUUAGUAGUAUCUAUUUUGAAAGGAAAAUAUAAGCCAAUCCCAAGCGGCUAUAGUUGUCUGUUAAAUGAUCUAUUAGAAGUUAUGCUGAGAUUAGAUCCAGAAAAACGUCCAUCUACUGAUGAAAUUCUUGCUAUUCCAGCUCUUCAGACUCAUGUAUUUAAUUAUUUCUCAGAACAAGAAGACGGAAUCCUUUGUCAUCCAUAUGUACCAAAAAUGGAUAUGCAAUGGUUUAAUCCCAGAAAAUAUUAUGUGGAAUCAAAAAAAAUGGCUUUAAAGAGGAGAGCAUCUGUGAGUGUUUGCAAAGGAGAGAGUAAAUUAGAGAAUCAUCUGUGUCAAGAACAGUUGGUGAUAAAAUCUCCAAAGUACAUCGGCGAACCAUUUGAAUUUUGUCCUAAGCAUUCUUCCGAAAUAAAAAAUGAAAACUGGUCGAGAGCUACUUACGUUAUCAGUAGUGAUAAUAGUAAAUCUGUGUGUUUGAGUAGAGGUCGUUGUCCACAUUCGGUGAGAUGUCAGGAAUGUGUGUUAGAAACUCUUUGGAGUCAUCGAUUGAGAAAAAAUGCAAGUUGCAUAGAUAAUCUAAGAGAUUAUUUAGAUGCUACUUUCGGAAAGGAAGAAGUAGAUAAACUAAAAGAGAAAUUAAUCCACAAAUGGAAUGACGAAACCAUCUCUCUGCAUUUUCUCCUCCCAUCAUUAAGAAAAGAUCUUGUACACUAUAUUCCUUUACUAAUUCAGUUAGUACAGUUAGAAAAUUUUACAAAUCCAAUUUCUGAUUUUAAUCCUUUAUAUGUCUUUGCUUAUGAUUAUAUUUCAAAUUAUAAUCACCGCACUCCAUUGUACAUGACGAACAAUCCACCGUAUAUUAGCAAAGUACUUCGUCGCCACAAAUCCAGUUCGCCAAUGGCGGGAACUGGAUUUGGCAACGACUGUAACGGCAUGAUUUAG